GUUUGGUUUGAAUUUAAAAAUACGUGUUUCACGGUGUAUAUAUUAUUUUUGACAAAAAACGAUCUCAAGGACUAUACAUUAUCCAAGUAUAUAUAAUAUUAUUAUGACAAUAUUGUGUUAUAAAAUUGCAAAGCAAAAUACUAUAGAGAACUUAAAUGUGCAGUGUUUGUACAUAUUUACAUGAUAAUAAUGGUGUAUUUUCUUCAAUAAAAAAUAAAAUUCAAAUUAAUUCAUAUAUAUUUAAUAUGUAUGUUGUGAUUUUUUUUUCUAGUGUUAUUGUCCGAUAUGUGGUUUUUCAAAAGAUAACUCUUACAAUUUCCCAAAUCCAAUGUGUUCCUGUAUGAACACUAUGAACUAUCAAAAUUAUCUGAAUUCGCUUUGUUCUACAAAUUUCCCAUAUCCUUAUUGCAGUGCUCAAAAUACAGAUACAAGUUGUCCGUCGGAAUCGAGGCAACCGACUGGCAACAUCGGUGGUUCAUCUUGUGAUUACGGUAGAUUUUCGUAUGACAUUCAAGUUCCACCUAAUGCUCAACCAUUACCUGCAAAAUUAUCUUAUUCGUAUGUUGCUAACAAUCCAUCAGGACCAUGUCAACAAACAUUAAAAAAUUUCGGUUAUCAGUUGCAAGUACCUGAAGUUCCCAAACGUGUUCCAAACUAUGGAUCUUUUAGUGGAAUUAUUGACAAAACAUACAAAAAGUGCACUCCUUGUCCUUCCAAUUAGACGAGACUGCAUAAACAAUAAUAAUAAAAUAAAUAUAAUUAUAAUUUAUAAUCGUAUAAAUGUAUAAUAAUAAGUACAUUGUACCUAUACAAGUUAUAACAGCAGUGAUUUAGUUACCUAUUUAAAUACUUUUAUUUGUAUUAAACAAUUUUGUUAUAGUUAUAUUGAACUGAAAAAAGAUGAAAAUAAGAAAAAUAACUACUGCUGAAUGAGAGAGAAUCAAUUAAUGCAAUUAAGCUUCAGCCGUUAAUAUAAAUCUUUUUAAAAGUAAAAAAAAAAAAUUGUAAAUAAUAAUAUUAUAUUGUUGUGUUUAAAAGUAUUUAUUAAUAAAGUUAAAUUUUAUUUAGUUAAGUUAAGUUAGUAUUUAUAAAUUAUAUUAUUCUUUUACUAUUCUAGUUUCCUAAUAUAUUGAAUAUAAUAGAUCCAUA